AGAGAGGAUUGUGCGUGCCUUCAAAUUUUCUUCAAUAGUGCGUCUGACCUUGGACUUGUAACUCACGAGAGUAGCCACCAUCACUCGCCAAUCUAUUAUUUAAUUUAAAUAAAUUUAAUACAAUAUGCAUGGGAGAGUUAAAAUUAUACAGACAGCUGAACAAGAACGAGCGAAAAAGCUAAAAAAGGAACAAAUAAGUAAAGAAUUCUCAGAAGAAUGUGAGAAGCUCUGGUUGUGUCGUGAAAAAGAUGACUUCAAUGAAGUGCAUCUGGAAGAAAUUGGUUCCCUUAUUGAGACAUCUCCAGACACAGCAACCCUGUGGAAUUAUAGACGCGAAAUAAUAAUGCAUCUCAUUCGGAAUUUUUCUGAGGAUCAAGAAAAGGUUUCAAAGUUAUUUGAAUCUGAAUUGAACCUUACAACUCGCUGUUUAUAUAGCUCGCCGAAAUCUUAUACUGUUUGGUAUCACCGAUCUUGGGUUAUGAACAAUCACACUUCUCCGAAUUGGGAAUCUGAAUUGAAGCUUUGUAACCAAGCCCUAACACAGGAUGAAAGAAAUUUCCACUGUUGGGAUUACCGCCGCUUUGUCGUUUCCAAGGGUAGUAUUUCAACGGAGUUAGAGCUGGAGUUUACAGACUCUGCCAUAGAAAAAAAUAUGAGCAAUUAUUCAGCUUGGCACUAUCGUGGUGAACUUUUAGCUUCUGCGUCUAACGCUUCUGUAUCAUCGUCCGAAAGUCUUAAUCCUCAGACUCAGUUGAAUAAAAAACAAAGCCAAUCUCGGUUUGAUUUUUCAUUACCAAGUGGCGAACUGGAUCUUGUUCACAAUGCAAUAUUCACAGAUCCCGCUGAUCAGAGUCCUUGGUUCUAUUAUUGGUGGUUAUUGGGUCGCGGAGAAAGAAAGGUUUAUUUAAGGGAACUGUAUAUUUCACGGAAGCUGGGAAGAUUUGUUCUUGUUUUUAGCUCUGUGAAAUUGAUGGAAACUUUAAAAGAUUUGCAGGUUUCCAUAAAAGUGUUUCCAUGUGACGGUACAAUUUCUAAUUCUAUAACUUUAACACCUGAGCUUCUUGGGGGAUGGAACUCUGUCCUAGAUGAGCAGUUAUCAGCUGUUUGGUGGUUGCCGCUUAACCAAGAUUUAGUAUCUCGUUACGCUCCUGAUAAUGAUAGGCACCUAUAUCAAUGUCAACCUUGGAAUGUUGUAGCCCAAGUCUGGAUUAGGAAAGCUAAUGGCGAUGGAAACCAGGAAAUCUGUGUUAAUAUGCCUGAAGAUUCUGCAAACUACUUGUCCCUUCAGUGUUGUAUGGAUUCUCAUCAAAAUGAAUCACUGACACGCGUCACUCUAGACCCUCUAAGAUUGUUAAAUCCUAUGAUUUUGCCCUCACAUGAUCCAAAAGAUUUGGUUGGGGAACUGAAUAUUGUUCGUGACCUGCUGUCAUUUGAACCGAAAAACAAAUGGGCUUUGUUGACGCUUGUCAGCCUUCUUCGCUUUAUUCGACCGCAUAAUUUUCAUGAAGAGGUAAAAGAAGCGUUAAACGUGUUAGUGUCAGUUGAUCCUCAGCGUUCUUUUUAUUAUGAGCACUUGCGAUCUUUGUAUGCAGCCCUAGAUGUUCUGGCUCAUGCAUAUGAAGACCAGUCCAGGGAAGUGGUGUUACAUAAUCUGGAUAUGAGUUGCUUUCGUAAUCUUGAUUGGUAUGCGUUGAUGACCAAAAUCGAUUUUUCUAAUAACUCAAUCGUACGAAUCCCGGAUACUUUCUCUUAUUUAAUCUCCGUUUUGGAACUGAAUUUAGAUGAUAACCAGUUAAUAACUCUUUGUGGGAUUUCCCGUCUUCCGUCUCUAACCAACCUUUCUGUCCAACGCAAUCGACUGUGUACUUUCGAAUCGAUUGAAGACUUAGUUUAUUGCCCUAGUUUGCGCGUAGUGUACAUAAAUGGAAAUGAAGUAAUCAAGUUACCCCAGUUGAGUAAUUUGAUAUCAAAACAUCCAGGGUUUCAAAGACAGGGAGAUUCAUUUUCUUUGGUGUACGAUAAAACAUUUCACCAUUAACAUCACAAUUUUGUACAAAAUAUUUAGAUUUACUAGCAUAAUUUUGAUAUUUUUAACUCGUGAUAUUCUACAGUUUUUCAUAUGUAAAUUUCCAUAUUUCUGCAUUAAAUAUAUACAACACUUUAAUACCAAGAACCAAGUAUGAAGUAUAUUUGUUUAUUUCAUUUAGAUGGAGGUAAAAUUAUGUUUUUGGGUUCUGUGGGUUAGAUUUUGCAUCUUGCUCAGAAAUUGGCAUGUCUUUUAAUAUAGGUAACCACUCGUUAGUUAUUAAAUCCACUUUUUCAGCUAUGAAGGAAAGUGGUCUAGUUAGUAUUAGCUGAACACUUAUGUUCCAACGUCUAAAACAUUUGUUCUCGAACAGCCCGACCAUAUGCUCUUGCCUCGUUGCUCACCAGUCCCAGAUUUGGAGCACAAAGUGGUUCACUCAAUUACAUAAGAAUUACUCAUUCACCGUCUGUACUCAUCAAGUAACUGAAUAGCUUCACAGAAUCCACUUGAAUAAAAAGUAGCUUAACUGGGGAUGAGUCUCACUAAGUGUGAGGGCUGAUUAUGCUACUUGGUUGCCCAAACUGAAGUGGAUUGAGUGAGUUUCGAACCUGUAACUUAUUGGCUGAAAGUUGAACGCUUUCACUGCUAAGCCACCUCAAUGUAUAAUGACUACCUACUUUGGGCACUUUUGUCAGAACUUAAUACUUCUAUUUCGGCAUUAUGUUGACGAAAUUAGUCCUCUUAACGUCUGAUUCUGCUUUUCUAGUAGGAUAGUAUCUUGUUUAAAGGACCAUAAUCUCUCAAUCACUAUUUUCUGCUUGUCGUUUCCGAUUUACUUUAAUUCCUACAGAUAAGGAGAAUUCAAACACUUGUCACAGUCAGACAUUUUGCUUUUGCGUAUUAUGGUUGACAUUAAACUUUGGGUUAUCAUACCAAAAAUGGUCAGCCAAAUCAUCAUCCCAAGACGAUUUCCCUUUUAUACGUAAAUGGUUAUUAAGAGUUAAACAUGGUCGUGUUCCCUUUUUCCCGUUCAUAUGAGAGCAGUUCCCCCAAUUGAGUUUUGACUCGUUCAAAAAGUCGAAAAUCUGGAAUAGCCAUGACCCAGUUCCUUCACUUGAGUGAUAUAACCUAGGGUGGUUUUUCAGAGAUUUACUUGUGUUCAAAUGUAUAAACUGGAUUAGUGAGCUUUUUGGGAUCAUUUUUGGAAUAAAACGUGAAAAUCAAAGCUCUUUUAGUCUGUCAUCGAUUUCCGCGAUUGAUUUUGAGCGAAGUGUUAACGAGGUUUUUAAAUAUUCUUUUGUUAUACACGGGAUUCUUUUAAAAAAAUCAGUUGUACUGCUAUUGGGCUAAACAGUUUCUUCUUUAGUAUUUGAGUGUUUUAUGAAGUUAUUUUCCAUAUAUUAUUAACUACUAUAUUAUUUACUUUAUAAGGAUCACAAGCCAAUUUAAAACGCUUUUUGAUAAUGUGUGCCAGUUUAUUUGGCACUUUGUAAUUGUAAAGAAAAUAAAGAAAUAAAUCCAAUGAAUACAUUUUAGUGUUUUUAAUACUGAUGCAUAUCUCUCAUGAUCUCCAACAACUGUUUUUUGUUCAGGCUGAUAGUAACUUAGUCGACUUGUGAAGUGUAUUAAUUUGGUCAUCUUUGUAUUAUUACAAACUACAACUAGCCUCGCAUUAAGGUGGGUGGCGUGACCUUUCCCAACCAUCUUAUUGGACGGUAGUUAGGAAUUUCGACUAACAACCCUUUUGUGUCUGAAAUUCGUUAUGCAGCCUCAUAGUUGCAUGCCUGGUGGUUUAACUCCAUUUAAAGUAGUUUGUAGGGAUGGAAUCCCCUUAGUUUACAAUAUUUUAACAACUGCUGACGGUCAUUUACGGACAACGUACAGAAAGUUAUGUAAACUAACUACCCAGAUUCUGGCCAGCAUCCAUAAAUGUGGUAUGUGCCUUCCAACAUUGAAGUGAAAUUUACCACAAUAAGUGCAAAGCUACGUGCUUGCACCCAUCCUUGGUCUUGAAUCAUUGGAAAUAGUGAAUUCCAUGCUGCUGUGUAGUUUUAUAAGUAUUAGUGUGUAAGACGGGUUCAGCUUGCCUGUAGUUGAUAGAGGUUAUUGUGAUCUAGGCCACCUCCAGUGCUACCGAUUAUUCUAGCCAGAAAUUUCGUUGUAGAAGGCUGUAGUGAUUGCAGUUACAAACGACUAACAUCUCAUUUCACGACUUGCCAGUGUGGAUGCUGGAGAUCACUAAAAUUAAUGCUUCAAGGUUUUAUUAGUUUUAGUUCACACUUAAAACCAGCGGUGAUCUUGGUCUAGUUCUUCAUAAACAGUUUGAUGUCUCUCUGCUGAAUGGGAGUCUACCUUGGUUUUGUCAUUACUUAGACUAUUUUUUGACUUCUCUUUUUUAAUAUUUUUAACAAAUAGUUUCUAUUUCUUUACACUGUAGUCACUUGGUUUUGUGUGGCAUGUUUAUUAGUAUCUUAUUUUACUGAGUAUUGUCUGGCAGCGUGAUCC